AUGGCGUGGCUUAAACAGGUAUUUGAACGCUUCACGAAGCCAAAAGCAAGACGGGAUUACCGGCUUCUGAUCCUUGAUGGCCACGGCAGCCAUGUAUCAACUGAUUUUAUAGAUUUCUGCGAUGGCAACCGCAUCCUGUUAGCUAUCUUUCCACCCCACGCAACCCACAGCUUGCAGCCACUUGAUGUGGUUGUGUUCGCUCCGAUGUCGAAAGCAUACUCGAAACAACUCGAUCGCCACCUCCACGAGUCCCACGGCACGGCAAAGGCAACAAAAAGAGAGUUCUUCAGCCUCUUUUGGCCCGCUUGGAGCUCUACAAUGACUCCGGAUCUCAUCAAGAAGAGUUUUCAAGUUACUGGGGUGUGGCCGAUGGAUGCUCAGGUCAUCCUAAAACGCUUCAACAAACACCCACAACAACAAGAUGAGACUCUAGAAAUUGGGCAGCACGGCGACGGUGAUAGCUGGCGUGAGCUGCGAAAAGUUUUCAACGCUGCGGUUAGGGAUAAGUCAAAAGUUGAAGCCCAGCGGCUUAAGGCUUCAUUUUGGUCUCUACAGGUUCAAAACGAGCUUCUCCACCACGAGAACGAGUAUCUCAAUCGCUCGCUCAACACCAAAACAAACGCCAAGAAGAAGAGCAAGACACUGGACCUUCAACAGCGCGAGGAGUAUCACGGCGGGGCAGUAUUCUGGUCCCCAAGAAAGCUCCGCGAAGCCAGGUAUCGCGAGAGCGUACGAGAAGAGCAAAAGAAGCAGGAACAACUCCAAAAAGCUAAGGAUAAGGAACUCAAGGCGGCGGCAAAGCUCUACAAUCUUAAAAUUUCAGAAGCUACAAAGGUUGCUCGACAAGAAGCUAAAAUAGAGCGUGAGCGCAAGCAGAAACAGCGCGCUAAAGAAAAGGCAGCUGCCCAGGCGCUCAAACAACAACAACAAGCUGCAACACUAAAAAAAACUCACGAUACAGCAAACAAGCGUAAGCGAGAAGCCUCAGUCAAGCCAGCAAAAAAACCAGCAAAGCGUCGUCGUGUUGUUGCUCCAUCAAGCCAGGUGGUUGAGGGUCCGCCUCGGGCGCCCUCCCCACCCAAGUUUAGCCUGCACACCCGCCAAAUCAAGACGCCAGCAAGAUACAAGUAG